AUGGAUAACGAUUUACGAGUUCGUCCAAAACCUAAAUUUGGCAUUAGUGAUGAUGCCGAAGAUGAAAUGUUACAAUAUCAAGAACUAUUUCAGCGUUCAAAUCUUCAACCAUCUGCACAAGUUGUACGAGAACCAACUAUAAAACGUCAACAAUCAAAUGAAAAUGAAGAUAGAAAAAAGAAGCAUUCAAAUGUUGAUCUUACUCAAACAACUGUUAUGCGACCUCAUAUUAUUGAACGAGAUGUUAGCACAACUCCCAUUCAAUUACCAAAACUUGUUAGUGAUUCAUUUCCACGAGCAAAGCAUAGAGGUGGCGAAGACGAUCUUGAUAAAAUCACUUUACCAAAUGUUAAAAAAGCAUCAUUAUUUGCUAAGCAAAUGUAUCGAGAUGGAAAAUUGAAGGCAUGCAAAGAAUUAGAACAAACGAAGAGACCAGCUAUGAAUCAAGAAAUAUCAUGUUCAAGUUUAUUGACUGGUAUUGGUCUUGGUGAAGUCACUGGCGAACGAGAACUUCAACGUAUUCAUGAUGAAAAUAUUGAUCGAUUAAAAUCAAUGGAUGAAAAAGAAAUUUUAGACGAAAAAGAAAAAUUAUUAAAUAGCCUUGAUCCAAAAUUAAUUGCAUUUAUUAGAAAACGAAAUAAAAAAGGAGAAGACAUUAUUCGAACGGUUGAUAAAGGAAAUGUUGAAAAAAUGGAUGUAGGAAAUGAAACAGUAUCAACACAACUUCCAAUUGACAUUGAUUCUCGAUGGAUUCAUAUGGAUAGUAUUGAAUAUGAAAAACUAGAAUGGAUAAAAGAUCUACCAAAGCCAUCUGUUCAACGAACAGUGGAUGAUUCACAUCCAGAAGGUGUUCCAGCUCGAUUUGAUUUUAAAGGUAACCUAAUGUCACGUACGGUUGAUGUUCCGGUCACAGCUGCCCUACAUCAUCAUGGUGAAGAACCAGAAGCAGCUGGCUAUACAUUAGAAGAGCUAUUUCAUCUUUCUCGUUCAACUGUUCUUCAGCAACGUGUUCUUGCUCUUCAAACAUUAUCAAAUAUAAUUCGCCAAGCUCAUGCUGGUAUCUACGAUAUUGAACUUCAAUUACCAUUAAUACCUAAAUUAAUUGAAGCUGGUAUUCUUUUUCUUAUACGUUGGGCUAUGGAUGAACAGAUUGAAGCGAUAUACAUGAUAGCUAUUGAAUGUUUAGCAAAUUUAAUUGCACCGAAAAAAGACGAAGAAAUCCUUUCUAAAACAAUGCAUUGGCCAUGUGGAUAUUAUGAACCAGUAUUAACACCAGCAGAAAUUCAAUUGGGUGACAAGAAAAGUGAAUCAGAUUUAACAGAUAUUGAAAUAUUGGAACAGGAUUUAGUAAAAUGCUUAUUUCGUAUGAAUUUAUUCAAAAGAAUUGUUUAUCUAUUCGAUCGAAUGAAAUUACUAUCACCAUUGACAAUUUUAAAUCCAGUAAAAAAUACAUUUCAUAUUCUUAUUCGUAUGGCAAGACAUUCCAUGACAAGUGCAAAUCAAAUCUUUGAAGAAAGAGAAUUAAUGGAUUUUAUUAUUCGAGAAUUUAUUCCUGAAAUUAUUAUACCUAAAGAAGAAGGACACAUCUAUGAACAUUUAUUACCGGAAGCUUUAAAAUUUUGUCGAAUAUUAGCUAGUCAUGGAAGUACUUUAGCAUAUAACCUUAUCAAUCGAUAUGAACUUCAUCAACGUUUAACAAAUCAUUUAGUAGCUGCUGUAAAUCUGUCGUUAUCACUACAAGAUAAUACAACUCUGAGUGAAUUAUUAUCGCUUUGGCGUAUAUUCAUUUUGCAUGGACAUAUGGCAAAUGAAUUUGGUUCUUUGAUACCAACGAUUAUUCUUCCACUUUGUCGAAUGUGUAUUCAACAAAUGCCACAUCUGAUUAUUAGUAAAAUUUUAAUCCAACUUAUUACAUUAUUCGACGCAUUGAUAGUUUACAUUACCAAAUUCAUUUUGAAACAUCAAAAAUCAUCUGAAGAUUCAACAAAUGUUAUCAAUUGGUCACAUAUUCAUGGACUUUUUGAUCUUAUUUUAACAAUUGCCAAACAAACUCUGAUAGAAACGGAUGAAAAAAUCGAUCUGGAAGCUCUACGUACGACAUGUUUAUCGUGUUUAGCAUCAUUUUUAAUUGGUCAACAAUUAUUGACAAUUAAUUUAUUAGAUUUGCCAACAAAAGUAAGACAAAUUCGCUUUCAAUUGUUUGAACCUAUUCUUCGUCUGAAAUCAACGAAACAACUUAUCGAAUCUAUUAAAUUUGAGACAGCAAUAACUUCUACAAAUACAAGUGCAAAUUUACCAACGCUAACACAAAGAAAUACAUCACCAUUUGGUUUUCUCAUUGCUUUGCUUCGUUUUACUAAUAUUAUGUAUCAAAUAGAUAAAUCAUUACCGGAUUCGAGUAAAUUUAUUAGUCAAUUGAUGUUAACAAAAGAUAGUGAAAUAGUAGUUUAUAUCAAGAAAAUGUUGAAUAAAUUAACAUCAUCAGUAACACGUAAAACACCAUGGUUUGAACAAUACGAACAUAUUUUUCUGUUUCACUUUGUUCAAAUCAUUCAUCAAGAAAAAUCUACUCAUGAUUUGCCAUCAAUUUAUUAUGAAAUAUUACUUACAUUAUUACCAUCACUUUUAAAAGGUUAUCAUUAUCUUGCUCAGGAAAUUCUUAAAUUUGUUUUAUUUGAUUUAUCGUUUUGGAAAAGAUCAAAUGAAAUUGAAUUAGCUGAUCUUUCAUUAGUUACCAACGAAUCUCUCUGUUUAGCAUCCAAUGAAUCAAUUAAAAUAAGUCCAUCUCAUCGUACGAUACUCUAUGAACGUGCUGUUGAGCAUUUACCUUCAUUAUAUACUUAUUAUAAGAAUAUUUUCCAUAUAAAUCGUUCAUCAAUUGAUUUAAAUAUAUGUGACAUACAUUUUGGUAAUUUACUUCAAAUCGAUGAUUCAUUUAAAUUAAACAUUCAUUAUUCGCAAACAUUAAUUGAUCUAACAUGGCCAUAUGGUUUGCUUUCAUCACUUUAUACAAAUGUUUUCUCGAUUGCCGACAAUGAUAAACGAUUAGAUAUUAUUAUGAAUACGUUACGUUUCGUUUACAUAUUAGAAAUGAAGAAUAAUAUAAUUUUAUACAAAAUGGUAACAAAAACUACUCGUUUUGCAAUGAUAGCUGGAAUUUAUUUACUUGGUUCUGAUGUAUUUCUUGAGAAAAAUGUAGCUGAUUAUCUUGUCGCCUUUUUAAAUUGUUUUAAUGAACAAAAUUUAUUACAAAAACUUGAGACAAGAACCAGUAUUCAAUCAUUAAUGACUUUUUUUGAUUUUUAUCGUUUACUUGUUGAUCAAUAUGAAGCUUGUUCAUUUGGUGAUGUCCUUUAUUCUAAUUAUCUUCUUGUUCCAUUACAACAAAUAUACGAUGUUCAACUACGAAAACAUGUUUGGAUCGAGCAUUCAACCAUAUUAAAAUAUCUUCGCCUAAAACCUGAUCAAAUUUUAUUCUCUCUUGAAACAUUCUUUAUACCAUACGAAAAUGAUCCUGAUUUAAUUCGUUAUUAUGCUCAAGUAUUAUUGAAUGGAACUAUUAGAAAAACGAUUCAGCCACUAUUAUAUAUGAUAGCUGUGCAUCAUCUCAAUGUUUUUCUGUAUGAUCAAACACGUACUGAACAAAGUGAUUUACAACGGAAUAUUAUGAAAAAUUUACAAUUGGCAUCGAGAAAUGACAAGAUGUUAUAUGAUGAAAUUGUUUAUUAUAAAACAUUUUCACGAGAUGGUCCAGUUAUAUUUGAAAGUCUGCCAUUAAUCCGCAUCAAUUGGUUUCAAAAACUUCUGCAAUGA